AUGGAUGUCAUGCCUGAUGAAAAACGCGAAGCGAUCCCAGCUAUUGGAUACUAUCCACAUGAUCCCAUCAGUACUGGUUUAAAACGAAGUUUUGCAGUUCUUUCAUUUCCUCUCGAGCUACGAACAAAAUCACACCUAUCACCGACCACUUUGGUCGUAUGUCGUUCUGGUACCGCAGCAGACACUCAAGCUAUUGCUGAUAUAGUCAAGUAUCACCUCGAAGUUUAUACAAUGCUGGAGAAUGAACCUGUCACUAUUUAUCGGGCUACACAGAUUUUCCGUAAAUUCCUCUAUAAUUAUCGUGAUCAGUUGUCGGCAUCAGUGCUAGUGGCUGGCUGGGACGAGAAGUGCGGUGGACAGCUCUAUGCCCUUCCUAUUGGAGGGUUCGUUACGGGACAAAAAUCAACUGCUUCCGGCUCAGGAUCUACCUUCGUCCAGGGGUAUCUUGAUAAUGCUUGA